AUGUUUCAACACUUCAAAAACCAACUCAAGGUUUUUCAGCACAAUCCUUUUGGAAAUUAUGAAACUAAUGGAAAGUCAUUAAUUAGUAAUAGCUAUAAAGUUUUCUUAAGAAAAUAUAAUAAAACUGUGGUUAUAAAAAAAAUUGUGUUUUCACGAAAAUAUUCACUAAAAAGUUUUAUUAACAAUUUAGAACAAUACUUAAAAGUAGAAUUGCACGAAAACAUUUUAAAAUUAAUAAGCAUUAUUGAAGAAAAAACGCAUGAAAUUAUUAUAAUUCGUGAAUAUCCUUGUGAUGGAACCUUUCAUCAAUAUUUAUCAAAAAAUUUCAGCAUCCUUAAUUGGAAUGAUAAGUUACGUCUUGCAAAACAGCUUACUAGUGCUAUUAAAUGCUUACAUGAAAAUGAUAUAAUUCAUAUGAAUUUGAACUCUGAUAGUAUAUUUGUCAACAGAGGAGAUAUAAAGAUUAGUGCUUUUCAAUUUCAGAACGAAUUUUCAAACAUGCACAAAUUUAUUCCAUAUACGGAUCCUCAGUAUUUUCAACUCCAUAAACUUAAUAAAAGCUCAGAUAUAUAUAGUAUUGGUGUUCUUCUUUGGCAAAUUUCCAGUGGUAUUAUUCCAUUUAAAUUUGAAUUACCUUAUGAUUUUAACUUAUUUAUUGCUAUCGUUUCCGGUAAACGAGAAGUUGCAAUCCUUAAUUCAAACCAGCGUCCUACUAUUCAACAUGUUUUUGAAGAUUUAAAUAACAUUGAUUACAAUUAUAAUUCAAUGAAUAACGAAGAAAUUAUUACGGAACUCGAUAACAAAAUAGAGCUUAAAGCCAUUUCAGAAUCAAAAGAUGUAAGUUUAAAUACGACGGAGUUGCUAAAGUAUUAUACCGAUUUGUAUGAUAGAACCACUUUUGAAUUAGAAUUAAUCACAUCAAUAAUGAAAAUUAUUAAAAAGGAAAAUAAUAUAAUUGAUAGGCAAAGUGACAAAUUAUAUAGAUUUUCAAAAUCUCUAUUUACAAAUAAAGAAAUAAUUAAUGACGAACACAAAUUUCUUCAUGAUUUGAUGCAAUUAUUUAUAUCCCAAUACAAAAUCCAAGGAGUUUCAAAAAAUACAUCUAGUUCUAUAAUUUAUUGCAUUAAUAAAUGCAUAAACGACAAUCACAAAACACCAAGUAAAGUUCUUGACGAAUAUUACAACCAUCAAUAUAGAUUUUAUUUUACAAGCAUAGUUGGAUUUUUUUAUGAACAUGGAAUUGGAACAGCUAUUAAUUACUCAAAAGCACUUGACAUGUAUAACCAAGCAACUAAGGAUUAUUGUCUUGAUCAUAGUAAUACUUUAAGUAGCUGCUAUUUUACAAAUAAUUUACUAAAAGAAAAUCAAAUUAUUGGAUUAAUCUCUCUUGGAAUACUUUAUACUGAUGGAAAGAGUGUGGAA